UCUCUCUCUCUUCUCUGAUAUGGCCUAUACAUACCGUUUAGCCGCUCUUCUCGUACUACUCUCCGCCUCCGUCGGUUUCUCCUCCGCUCUAACGCUGAAGUUAAACAGCACUCUCUCGAACAGCUGGAACAACACUCCCUGGGACCGCACUACUCCCCCGAGAGGAAACAUCAAUCUCAAUAUAAGCCUUUCAGUUCGAAAACACAUCAGUUUCAAUAUAAGCCCGUUGGUCGAACCUCAAAUGGUGGAGUUCAACGGCACUCUCUCGAGAAGAAACAUCAGCCUCCAAGAAAACAACCAUCUAAAUAUCGUUUGGUACGGAAAUUUCACACGAUUUCAACGGGCCGUCAUCGUCGACUUCAUCCGUUCCCUAAACUCCCCCGCCGCCGCCGCCGCAAAAGGUCCCUCCGUCGCGUCAUGGUGGAAGGCGACGGAGAAGAACAAAGGCGGCGGCGCGCCAAAGAUCGUCCUCGGUAAACAGCUCCUCCUCGAGGACUACCCUCUCGGAAAAUCCUUAAAAAAUCCUCACCUCCGAGCCCUGUCAGGCAAACUUAACGGAGGCGGUGCUGGGUCGAUAACCGCCGUUUUAACGGCCAAAGACGUGACCGUUGAGGGGUUCUGCAUGAACCGGUGCGGGGCUCACGUGUCGAAGUCAAGUUCCGUUGACGGUGGAGCUUACGUAUGGGUCGGAAACUCUGAAGAGCAGUGUCCUGGCUACUGCGCGUGGCCGUUUCAUCAGCCGUUAAACGGACCUCAUCAGUCUCCGCCUUUAAUCGCUCCUAACGGUGACGUUGGAGUUGACGGAAUGAUUAUUAACCUCGCGACGCUACUGGUUAACACCGCCACGAACACGGUUAAAAGCGGUUACAUUAAUGCGGAUCGAGAACCCGCCAGAGUAUACUGUGACAACAGGUUCGGGUCCGGUGCUUACCCGGGUUACGCGGGUCGGGUUCUUGUGGACAAAACUACCGGAGCGAGUUACAACGCUUUGGGUCUAGCUGGUAGGAAAUAUCUUUUACCGGCGAUGUGGGACCCUCAGGCUGGGGAGUGUAGGACUUUGGUUUAAGUCCUAAAAGAAUACUCGUGGCAAUAAUCACUGGUUCCGGGAUGUGUUUCUUUUGUUGUUUUGUAUGAUAUAUGUGAAGAAUAAUA